AUGAAGUCUCUACUCGUCAGUUGCUGUCUCCUCUCGGCGACAGUCGCUCAGCGUCAGACCCUGACAGUUGCUGCUGGUGGUGGGAACAAGUCCAGCCCGCUAUUGUAUGGCUCUUUGUACGAAGUAAGUUACGUUUGUCAGUUCAGCACUCGUGUAGCUUCCAUGGCACCUUCUGGUACAGACCCCAAACUCACCACGCAAAAGGACAUCUACCAUUCCGGCGACGGUGGGCUUUACAAUGAGCUGCUCAACAACAGAGCCUUCCAGGGCUCAUCACAGAACAGAGAGGCAAGCCUUACCAGGACCACAGAUCACUGGCACGCGAUUGGCAAUGUUUCCUUGUCAGUAGAUCAAAGCACCCCAGUGCUAUCUCCACAACUACCAUGGAGCAUGCGCAUCGAUGUUCCGGCUGGCACAACGGGCACCGUUGGUAUCUCAAACGACGGAUUCUGGGGCUUUAGUGUGGACCCAGCAAAACGUUAUGCCACAAGCUUACGACUACGUGGAGCAUACACCGGAAGCAUUCGAGCCUCGUUUCGAAGCAAGAUCUCCAACGAGAAGCUCUCUUCCACAUCAGCAAACAUCCAGAGCGGUAACACUUGGACUACUGUUAAUUUUCCUGUCUUCCAACCUACCUUAGCCCCUGGUAAUCCAAACAACACCUUUGUAUUUACUUUCGAUGGUGCUACGCUGGCAGGAAAGUCAAUACAAGUGAAUCUGCUCAGCCUGUUCAAGCAGACCUACAACAAUCGCCCCAAUGGAAUUCGAGAGGACCUGGCCCAUGCUUACAGUGGUCUCAAAUCAACCUGGAUUCGCCUUCCCGGAGGCAACAACUUACAAGGGCCAGGCUACGGCCGAGAGUGGAGAUGGAAUGAGACAAUCGGUGACCUCACCUCUCGGCCCGGACAUGUGGGUACGUGGGGCAACGUUGACACAGAUGGCUUCGGAAUCCUAGAGCAGCUUCAGUGGGCUCAUGACAUGGGUCAGACGGUUAUUCUUGGAAUGUUUGCUGGUUUGCACAUUGGUGGCAAUCUCGUUCCAGAGUCAGACCUACAGAGGUUCAUCGACAUGGGAAUGGAAGAGCUGGAGUUUUUGUUGGGAUCUACUUCGACGCGCCUCGGGGCCUUAAGAGCAAGUCUCGGAUAUCCAACACCUUUUAGCAUCGAGUACAUCGAGCUUGGCAACGAAGAUUACCUGAACGGUGGCAGAGAUUCCUAUAAUGGUUAUCGUUUUCCGCGCUUUUACAAUGCUAUCAAAGCAAAGUAUCCUGACAUUAACAUCAUCUCCUCCGUUAUCCCUGCGCCUCUCGGCAUUCCCGGUACUUGGAUCGACCUUCAUAUGUACGAUAAUCAAGAGUUCUUCGCGCGCCAGUACGAUGUCUUCGAUCACACUGACCGCAACUUCCCUGUUAUCGUGGGCGAGUACGCGUGCAUACGCGCCGGCGGAGCAGGCGGCCCUGAAAUCGGCUCGCAGACUGUGGGUAUGGCACUAUCGGAGGCCAUCAUGCUUCUCGGUGCAGAGCGCAACUCUGACGUCAUUCGUGGCACGGCGUACGGCGCACUGAUCAAAAACUAUGUUGAAGAAUCCAACACUGUAGCGGUGAUCAAGCACACUGCUGACCAAAUUCUCCGCAGCACGAGUUACUAUGUGCAGAAACUGUUCUCGGAAUACCACGGCGAGGAAACAGUCGCUGUUCGGACUGAAUUUGGAUUGGGCAUUGAUCCCGUGUUCUGGUCUGCUACGAAGACCGGGAAUACCAGGUAUCUUAAGCUUAUUAACUACUAUGGGCCGGGUAGUGUGGUGGAUGUUGUAUUCGAAGGGCAGUUUGCCAAGACAGCUCAAGUCGUCACCCUGUCAGCGGCAAGUUGCGAUGAUAGUAAUAAGCUCCCACAGCUUGGAGGGGAGGCGACGACAGUCAAAACGUCCUCACUUGUCAGCGAGAACGGUCGUUUCACAGUUGCGUUUGGGGCACCGUGUGAGAUCAAGGUUCUUGUUGCUUGA